GGCUCGUCUCCGGCGGCGACCGCCCCCGCGCAUGGGCGCCGCGCUGCAGGGGGCCUGACCCCCCGCCGCCGGGUCCGCGCGUCCCCAGCCCCGCGCCAUGGCGGCCCGCGCGCCCCCCGCCGCACCUGCGGCCGACGAGCCCGGGAGCCCCGGCGGCCCCCCGCGCAGGAAGAAGUCCCGCUCCGGCCUCCGCCGCGCCUUCAGCUGGCUGCGGGGCAAACGGCGCAAGAAGAAGGCGGCCGGGGCCGAGGGCGCCGAGUCGGCCGCCCCACGGGCCAAGAAAGCGGACGACAAGGCCAAGCGGGCCAAGGGCAAAAGCCGGGGCCCCGCUAAGGCUGAGAGUGACAAACGUCAGAGCGCAGGGCCCAGCCAGGGGCCAGGACCUGUAGGAGAGGAGCCCCAGGACAACGUUUUCUUCCCCAGUGGGAGGCCGCCUCACCUGGAAGAGCUACACACGCAGGCCCAGGAGGGCCUACGCUCCCUGCAGUACCAAGAAAGACAGAAAUUGAGCAAGGGUAGCUGGGACCAUGGAGACACCCAGAGCGUCCAGUCUUCCCGGAUGGGGCCGGAUGAAGACACCAUCUCGUUCUGCAGUCAGAAGUCCUACAUGACCGAGAGCUCCACGGCGGAGGAUGCCCUAUCCGUGCGCUCGGAGAUGAUCCAGCGUAGAGGCUCCACCUUCAGACCCCAUGACUCAUUUCCCAAAUCCGGAAAGUCAGGACGGCGGCGAAGGGAGCGGAGGAGCACCGUGCUGGGGCUGCCUCAGCACGUGCAGAAGGAACUUGGGCUGCGAAACAACCGCGAGGCACCAGGCACUCCGCAGCCUCCCCGGCCCCAGGAUGCGGUCCGCAUUCCCACAGUGGACGGUCACCCGGCGGGCCUGGCCUCAGGGGCCGGGGUCCGGGUGUCCCUGCAGGCCCUGGAGGCAGAAACGGAGGCUGGCACCGACACAGAGGCCAUACUGCAGCGCCACAUCGACCGUGUGUACCGGGAUGACACACUUGUUGGCCGAUCUACGGGAGCCCGGCCACCACCGCUGGCGCGGCCCAUGUCUCUCGCGGUGCCUGGACUGACAGGAGGGGCGGGGCCUCCAGAGCCGCUGAGUCCAGCCAUGUCCAUCUCGCCCCAGGCCACCUACUUGUCCAAGCUGAUCCCGCACGCGGUGCUGCCUCCCACGGUGGACGUGGUAGCCCUGGGCCGAAGCAGCCUCCGCACCCUGAGCCGCUGCAGCCUGCUCUCUGCCAGCCCGGCUUCUGUUCGCUCACUGGGCCGCUUCUCCUCUGCCUCAAGUCCGCGGCCCCGCAGCCGCCAUUCUUCCUCAUCCAGCGCCACCUGGAGCCAUUCCCAGUCCUCUGACACCAUCGUGUCUGAUGGCUCCACUCUCUCCUCUAAGGGGGGUUCUGAGGGCCAGCCUGAGGGCUCAGUUGCUGGCAGUAGCGCGGCACCUCCUCCUCCAGGGGGGAGCGGGAGGGGCUCCCCCAGUGGCGGUAGCACCGCCGAGGUUUCAGACACAGCCAGCAUCCGAAGCAGCGGGCAGCUGUCUGGCAGGAGCGUGUCCCUGCGGAAGAUGAAACGGCCUCCCCCACCUCCCCGCCGGACCUACUCCCUCCAUCAGAGGGCCUCAGCAGUACCCGAUGGGCCCUUAGGGCUACCACCCAAACCUGAGCGAAAGCCGCAGCCACAGCUGCCCAGGCCGCCCACCACAGGCGGCUCUUCAGGGGAGGGGGCGGUAUCUUGUCCACCCAGCUCAGCAGGCACCUGGGGCUCUGGCUUGUCUCCAGGCGGCUCCAGGAGGCCCCCACGGUCCCCAGAACGGACACUUUCACCUUCCAGUGGAUACUCAAGCCAAAGUGGUACCCCAACUCUCCCUCCCAAGGGUCUAGCAGGUGCCCCUGCUUCCCCAGGCAAGGCUCAAGCCCCCAAACAGGGUCGAGUGACAUCCCUUCGAUCCCCUGGGGCCUCUGUGUCCUCUUCCCUCACAUCUCUGUGUUCCUCUUCCUCAGACCCUACUCCCUCAGACCGCUCAGGUCCACAGAUGUCCACCCCCCUGGGUGACAGGUUUGUCAUACCUCCUCAUCCUAAGGUGCCUGCUCCUUUCUCCCCACCACCUUCCAAGUCUAAGAGCUCUAACCAGGCUGCCCCUGCCCUGGCUGCCCCUGCCCUGGCUGCCCCUGCUGCAGCUCCUGGGCCAGUUUCUACCAUUGACACCAGUCCUGCAUCCCCUUCCAUGCCUCAGACAACCCUGACUCCACCCCAGGAGCCCCCUGUUCCCUCUAAAGACCAGUCACCUCCACCAUCCCCACCUCCAUCUUACCAUCCACCCCCACCACCUACUAAGAAGCUGGAGGUGCUUGAGGAGGUCCCACCUCCUCCAGAAACUGCUGAGGAGCCCCUUCCAGAUCCCAGCUGGCCACCACCGCCACCUCCCGCGCCUGAGGACCAGGACCUGUCCAUGGCUGACUUUCCCCCACCCGAGGAGGUCUUCUUCCCUGCGGGCCCCGAACCUGGCCCUCUGGAGCCCUGCAGCUCUGUGGGCGUCACCUCCUCAGCUGCUAGCCCAUCCCAAACCGCUCCACUGGGAGCUCCACCAGCUCCACCCGCUCCACCUCCGGCUAGCUCUGUUUCAGAGUCUCUGGCCAAGCCCCCUCAGAAGGACUCUGUGGCCAAGAACAGUGGGGCUCCCAGGGAGGAUGCUGGCACCCCCCUGGUCACACCCUCGCUUCUGCAGAUGGUACGGCUUCGCUCUGUGGGUGCUUCCUCAGGGGUUCCAAGUCCGCCUCCAGGUUCGUCAGCCCCCCAGAAGCCGCUGCGAAGAGCCCUGUCUGGGCGGGCCAGCCCAGUGUCUGCGCCCUCCUCUGGGCUCCAUGCCGCCGUCCGACUCAAAGCCUCCAGCUUGGCUGCCAGUGAGAGCCCUGGAAAUGUUCUGUCCGUUGGACCACCAGAAGCAGAGCCAUGGUCUUCACAGUCUCCACAGUCUCCUGCCUCCAAGGCCAGCUUCAUCUUCUCCAAGGGCACCAAAAAACUGCAGCUUGAGCGGCCCGUGUCCCCUGAGGCCCAGGCUGACCUCCAGCGGAAUCUGGUAGCUGAACUUAGGAGCAUUUCAGAGCAGCGGCCAACCCAGGCCCAGAAGAAGCCUUCCAAGGCUCCCCCACCUGUGGCCCGCAAACCUUCUGUGGGAGUCCCCCCUCCUUCCCCCAGUUUUCCCAGGGCCGAGUCUCUUACUGCUCCAUCCACCAAUGGGCUCCCUCAUGGCGAGGACAGGACUAAGGAGGAGCUGGCAGAGAAUGGAGGUGUGCAGCUGGCUGGUACAGAGAAGAUGGGUCCCCCUGGUUCAGAUCCACAGAGGAAACUGGUCUGACCGUCACUUAGCUGGCACUGCUGACCCAUCCCAGGGAUACAAUCUCUCAGGGACCCGAGCAGCUCCAAGGAAGAGAGGACCUGGCAGACUGAAUCUAAGACAGGAUGCCUGCGGCCUUAAUCUCCACAGCCUUCCAUGUGUAUGCAAGCCUGGUGUUGCCCAUCCUCCAAGUUACCCUCCCUCAUGCCUUUUCCUGAAAGGAUUCACCUCCAGCAGCCUUUCAGCCUUGGCCUUAGCCUCAUCUCAAAGGUAGCUGGUGGGAGUGGGUGGCUGUGCCCCACCCCCCACCCAGGCCCCAAGGCCAUGGAGGUGGGAGCAGAGCUCAUGUUUAUUUUGUUUCAUGUCUGGAACCAUGUUUAUUGUAGUCCAGAAUCAAAGCACUUUGCAGAGUGGCUGCAUGCCCGUCCUCCAGGGCUCAUGAAACCACAUUCCAAGAGCCCGUUUACACAGUGGCAGCACCAGGCCUCGGUAGCCAGCCCCCAGCUGGGACCAGUCUGUCCACUCUGCCAGUCCAGGCCGCUCCUUUCCUUAGUUCUUGGAGAUGGACAAGUCAGUCAUCUCCACAGGCUUUCCAGGCUGGUGGUGGGAGGGGGGCUGUGGAAUUCCAAAGCACAAAAGGCACAGUGGGCUCUAGCCUUCCUGUGCCUCAACUUACCACCAACCACUCUCCUGCCUUCCAGCUCUGUCAGGUGCUCCUUAGAGGGGACUCAAGGAUGAGGACAGGAAGAGCCAGAGUAGGCCUGUGGGUAUUGUGCACUAAGAAACCAAAAACCAGACCAGAGCAGGGAGCCAUCUGGAAUCUUCACAUGCUGGGCACCUGUCCUGUGACACUUGAUUGGGUGUGAGUGGAUGGGCACAGUGCAGAGCCAGGAGCUCAUGGGGUGUGUCCAUUUCAGCUUGGCAGGGAAUACUGCCUAGGUAGGGGGAGAGUCUGGCAGGGACUUUCUGGGCAGUGGGCCCAGGCCUGUCCCUCAGGUUCUUUCUCUGACCUGUCUCUACUCUUUGGUGCAUGCCCUUUCUGUAGCUGCCUUUCAGCCAGGUGGAGGGAGCUGAGGCUGUGUGGCAAGGAUGGGAAGCCAAGGGCCUGUGUUAACCCCAGAUUUCUCCCUAGUCCAAAAGGGGGAUACCCAGUGGUUUUUGUGAGUAGGGGGGUGGCUGUCCCAGAUAGCAGCCUGUGCCCCUGAUCUCUCCGCCUGGAAUGUAGUGACUUUUUUUCAGCCUGUACCACCUCUGUAGGUAAGCUGGAGUCCCUGUCCGCUCCAAUGGCCGUGCCUCCUUCAGGGCCACCCCUUGAAGCUUUCUCAGCAGGGGCUUGAGCCUGGCAAGAAUCUUCUUGCCUGUUAGCUUCCUCUCUACCAAGAGGAGAGUGACGCACUCCUCCCCGCUUCUGACUUUCCUGUCCAGAACUGGGGAGAUGGGGUGAGAUCCAGGUUCCCUAACCCUCUUGCUAGGGUUGCUUGUCUGUCCUGUCUUUCCCUUGUCCAGUAUGUGAUAGGGAGCUGCUGCUGGGUGGACGUUACUGCCACAUGAGGUGGAAGGGAGGACAAUCAAAGUAAGCACUGUUCUGCCCCAGGAGCCAGGACUGGUCGAAGCCCCAGGAAACCAGGCCCCGAUCGCUGCUGGGCUGGGGAAGCAGUGGCCUAGUCUUUCCUCCUCCAGUGUUACUGGAGCUCUUGUCCUGACAGGAUCUUCUCUGCUUGUUUCCCUACUGGGUGGGCCAGAGUACAAGAAAGGAGAGUCUAAGAGUGGCAACAUCUCAUCCACUGGGGUAAAUAAUCUUGACAUUGUGCAAAUGGAGAAACCAAAAGCCUCUGAUUUUUAAUUUGCAUAAAAAUGUUAGAAGAGAGAAAUAUAUAUAUAUUUCCUUAAAUUUUUGAGUCUUUGAUAUGUCUAUAUAAACAAUCCUUCCCUUGUCCCUUCUCUGAAGCUUGAGUGAGACACAUGACAAAGCUGUGUUUCAUUAAAAGGUAUUAAUUAAAUGAUUGAAACUUG